CACUUUUGUAUAAAUAUCGCCGCCAAUUAGUGAAACAAAUGAAUCGGACAGCUACAAGCUUGUUUAGUGUUCACAAAAAGACGAAAGAUUAUAAGCUAUCAGUAUAGUGUGAGUUGUGGUACUCUACAAACUUAUAGUCAUGAGUUUCAACAGAAGUUUAUUCCUGACAGCGUUAGCAUUCUUUGUCUCUUCUCAAGGCGUUCAGUUCGGACAGCGAGUGAAGAAAUGCCAAAUCAGUGACGCUGCAAUCUUCGAGGCAUCUGGGCUGGCGACAUCCAAGACCUUUGCCAACGUCGCCUACACACUCAACGACAGGGCUGGAAAAAAUGAAAUCUUCGCAGUCGACGUCAACACGUGUCAAACAUUGGCUGUUUACACUGUUAACUCUGCUACCAACUGGGAUUGGGAAGAUCUGGCUUAUGGGCCUUGCCUCGAUGAUUGCCAGAAUGGCACCGUAUGUAGCGACGUCUCUGCACCACGAAGAUAUUGUCUCUACAUCGCAGACAUCGGCGACCGCGGCGGUAACGUACCAGUGAACAACAUCUACGUCAUCAGGGAGCCCGCCACCGUACAGAACUCAAGCGUGGACCUGGCUGGUGUCCUCAAGUUCAAUUGGACAGCACCUGAUGCAGAAACUCUUUUGAUUUCCCCUGAUGCUCGUCUUUUUGUCGUAUCGAAAGUGACCGGUGGUAAAGCUACUGUGGCACAAGUUCCCUUGACCGCUUGGAACCCAACAAGUCGAGUCGAUCUGGACCUGAGUCAAUCUGGAACUCUCAAAAUCAGCACCCCUAGCAGAGAUCCUUUGGGUGGAGCCCUUUCACCCGAUGGAAAGUUUUUGUUAAUUGUCGCAGAGUAUAAUAUAUAUUUCUACAGCAUUGUUAAUGGUGACGUAAUCAAGACACUCAACGAUCAGGUACCCACCGAGGUCAACACUUAUGUAAGGACGCCAAGCACCCAGAGCAUUGCUUGGGCGCAGGACCAGAAAAGCUUUUUCAUUUUGCCCGAGGGCGCCGACCCUUCUCUUUACGCCUACCCUAUAGACACAGCAUCAAGUGGUAUCGUAGUAGGGUAACAAGAGCUUUGAUCAACUGCUCCUUGAAAACAACAGAUGGGCUAAAGUGUGCUGGCAGUGGAAUCUUAGAUCUAUAAUAUGUAACCUUAAUCAUACAUCAUGUUAUUUUACCUUAAACUCCAGUGUAAAUACAUUAAAAUAAAAAUCAUUUUAUUAA